GGUCGCCCGCGCCCGCCCGCGCCCCGCCGAGCGCCUCCCCUUGGCCGCACCGGCCGGGAGCUGGGCGGUGGGGGGGGCGGGCGGCCUCCCGGGGCGGAGCCCGGCGCCAGCGGCGGGGGCGCGGAAAUCGAGGCCGGGGCUCCGUCGCGGCCUGCUGCUGCGGGAGGAGGCGGGGAGGCCCGCCGCCGCCGCCGCCGCCCCCGCCGCCGGCCUUUGUCUCCGCUGGGCUGGGUGGACGCGGCGGGGGCAGUUAGAAUGGAACAGACUGAAGGCCCUAUGAGAAAAAGGGAAAGCUAAGGAUGCUGGAGCAGAACAAUGGAUUUCUCUUUCUCUUUCAUGCAAGGGAUCAUGGGAAACACAAUUCAGCAACCACCUCAACUCAUUGACUCAGCCAACAUCCGCCAAGAGGAUGCCUUUGAUGCCAGCAGUGACAUUGCUGAAGAUGGUGGACAAACGCCAUACGAAACUGCCCUACAGCAAGGCUUUCAGUACCCUACACCCACGACAGAGGACCUUCCACCCAUCACUAAUGGCUAUCCACCAACAAUCAAUAUGUACGAACCUCAAGCCAAAUACCAGACGUACAGUCAAUAUCCCAAUGGUUCAGCCAAUGGUUUUGGUACCGUCAGAAACUUUAGUCCCCCAGAGUAUUACCAAAUGGAAAACUCUAACGCAAGGCCGCACGAAGUUCUGGAAAAACCUUCCCCUCCACAGCCACCACCUCCACCACCACCAUCAGUUUCACAAACGGUGAUUCCAAAGAAGACUGGCUCACCAGAGAUCAAAUUAAAAAUAACCAAAACUAUCCAGAACGGCAGGGAAUUGUUUGAGUCCUCUCUGUGUGGGGACCUUUUAAAUGAAGUACAAGCGAGUGAGUAUGCUAAGGCAAAACAUGAAGGGAGAAAAGAGAAAAGGAAAAAAAGUAGCAAGCAUGACUCUUCCCGAUCGGAAGAGCGCAAGUCGCACAAAAUUCCAAAAUUAGAACCAGAGGAGCAAAAUAGACCAAAUGAGAGGCUUAGCUUGCUAUCAGAAAGACCAAGAGAAGAUACAGUGUUGGAGGAAACCCCGGUCCAGCAGUUCUUGCCUUCUCUUCCAACACAAGUCACCCAUGACAUCAAGUUUCAGGUUGGCGAUCUGGUUUGGUCCAAGGUGGGAACAUACCCGUGGUGGCCUUGCAUGGUUUCAUGUGAUCCACAGCUUGAUGUUCAUACCAAAAUUAAUACAAGAGGUGCCCGUGAAUACCAUGUUCAGUUUUUUAGCAACCAGCCAGAGAGGGCGUGGGUGCACGAGAAGCGGGUUCGAGAGUACAAAGGACACAAACAGUAUGAGCAAUUAUUGGCUGAGGCUGCUAAGCAAGCCAGCAACCACUCUGAGAAACAGAAGAUUCGCAAACCAAGGCCGCAAAGGGAGCGUGCUCAGUGGGAUAUUGGUAUUGCCCAUGCUGAGAAAGCAUUGAAAAUGACUCGGGAAGAAAGGAUAGAACAAUACACCUUCAUUUAUAUAGACAAAGAGCCAGAGGAGGUUUUGUCAAAAGCCAAAAAGACUGCUGCUUCUAAAUCAGAGACCAAGAAGAACCGACGACCGAAGCCAGCGUUGAACACCCAACCAGAACAUGCCAACGUGGUAGCGGCAUCGCCUUCAAAUGCUGAGGUGCGAAGACAAAGCCAACGGAGGCAGUCAAGUGUGGAAGAAGAGGAGCCACCUCCUGUAAAAAUUGCAUGGAAAACAGCUGCAGCUAGAAAAUCCUUACCAGCUUCAAUAACCAUGCACAACUUGGAUCUUCAAAAAUGUAACAUGUCUCCAGUUGUUAAAAUUGAACAGGUUUUUGCCCUUCAGAAUGCUGCUGGUGAUGGAAAACUCAUCGAUCAGUUUGUUUAUUCCACUAAGGGAGUUGGUAACAAAACAGAAAUAAGCGUCAAAGGACAAGAGAAACUUAAUUCUUCAUCAAAUCAGAGAAAUGAAAAAGCAGCAGUGCAAAAUGUGUCCUCUCCUGAAACAACUUCUGGGUCAACAGGUUCUGUAGAAAAGAAGCAACAGAGAAGAUCGAUUCGAACCCGCUCAGAGUCUGAGAAAUCCACUGAAGUUGUGCCAAAGAAGAAGAUCAAAAAGGAGCAGGUUGAAAUGGUUCCACUGACAGCAGUGAAGACAGGAUUGCAGAAAGGUGCCAGCGAGAUUUCAGAUUCUUGUAAACCUUUAAAGAAAAGGAGUCGUGCCUCAACUGAUGUAGAACUGACUAGUUCAGCUUACAGAGAUACAUCUGACUCUGAUUCAAGAGGACUUAAUGAUUUACAGGGUAGUUUUGGAAAACGUUCAGACAGCCCAUCAGCUACUGCCGAUGCUGAUGCUUCUGAUGUGCAGUCGGUAGACUCCAGCUUGUCCAGGAGAGGAACUGGAACAAAUAAAAAAGACACUGUUUGUCAGAUCUGCGAGAGCUCUGGCGAGUCUUUGGUGUCCUGCGAGGGCGAGUGUUGCAGCGUCUUUCAUAUGGAGUGUCUCGGCCUCAAGUCAAUGCCCGAUGAGAAGUUCAUCUGCACUGAGUGUAAAAAUGGCGAACAUACGUGCUUUUCAUGCAAACUUCCUGGCAAAGAUGUGAAGCGCUGUUCCGUCAACACAUGUGGUAAAUUUUAUCACGAGGCCUGUGUUCGCAAGUUUGCCACUGCUCUGUUCGAGUCACGAGGAUUUCGUUGCCCGCAGCAUUGCUGUAGUGCCUGCUCAAUGGAUAAGGAUAUUCAUAAGGCAAGCAAAGGUCGCAUGGUGAGAUGUUUCAGAUGUCCCAUUGCCUAUCACUCAGGAGAUGGCUGUAUUGCUGCAGGAAGCUUGUUUGUGUCAUCCCACAUUCUCAUCUGUAGUAACCAUUCCAAAAGGAAUCACUCCUCAUCAGCUGUAAAUGUAGGCUUUUGUUUCGUUUGUGCAAGAGGGUUGGUAGUGCAGGAUCAUUCAGACCCCCUGUUCAGUUCAUAUGCCUAUAAGUCCCACUACCUACUGAAUGAAUCAAAUCGUGCUGAGUUGAUGAAAUUACCUAUGAUUCCUCCUCCUUCGUCAGCUUCCAAAAAGAAAUGUGAGAAAGGUGGAAAACUCUUGUGCUGUGAAUCCUGCCCAGCUUCCUUUCACCCUGAGUGUCUCAACAUAGAAAUGCCUGAAGGAUGCUGGAAUUGCAAUGACUGUAAAGCUGGCAAGAAGCUACGUUACAAGCAGAUUGUUUGGGUCAAGCUUGGAAAUUACAGGUGGUGGCCAGCAGAGAUCUGCAAUCCCAGGUCUGUGCCUCUCAACAUACAGGGCCUCAAACAUGAUAUCGGGGACUUCCCAGUAUUUUUCUUUGGUUCACAUGACUACUAUUGGGUACACCAGGGCAGAGUUUUCCCUUAUGUUGAAGGAGAUAAAAGCUUUGCAGAGGGGCAAACUAGUAUUAACAAGACCUUCAAGAAAGCACUUGAAGAAGCGGCAAAGCGCUUCCAGGAGCUGAAAGCACAAAGAGAAAGCAAAGAGGCAUUAGAAAUUGAAAGGAAUUCAAGGAAACCUCCACCUUACAAACACAUUAAAUCCAACAAGGUAAUAGGGAAGGUUCAGAUUCAGGUAGCUGAUCUGUCAGAAAUCCCUCGCUGUAACUGCAAGCCAUCAGACGAGAACCCCUGUGGCCUGGAGUCAGAGUGUCUGAACAGGAUGCUGCAGUAUGAGUGCCAUCCCCAGGUGUGCCCAGCAGGAGAGCGGUGUCAGAACCAGUGUUUCACCAAAAGACUCUACCCUGAUGCUGAAAUCAUAAAAACUGAUCGACGUGGAUGGGGUCUCAGGACAAAAAGGAGCAUUAAAAAGGGUGAAUUUGUGAAUGAAUAUGUUGGUGAGCUAAUUGAUGAAGAAGAGUGCAGAUUGCGGAUCAAACGUGCACAUGAAAACAGCGUAACCAAUUUUUAUAUGUUAACUGUAACAAAGGACCGGAUAAUAGAUGCUGGCCCAAAGGGGAAUUAUUCUCGUUUUAUGAACCAUAGUUGUAAUCCAAACUGUGAAACACAGAAAUGGACAGUGAAUGGUGACAUUAGAGUUGGACUGUUUGCUCUUUGUGAUAUUCCUGCAGGAAUGGAGUUAACAUUUAAUUAUAAUUUGGAUUGCCUGGGCAAUGGUAGGACCGAAUGUCAUUGUGGAGCAGAAAACUGCAGUGGUUUCCUAGGAGUGCGUCCAAAGACAGCAUUUGCAACCGCAAAUGAAGAGAAGGUGAAGAAUGCAAAAUUAAAGCAGAAGAAACGGAAAAUAAAAACAGAACAGAAGCAGAUGCAUGAAGACAACUGUUUCCAAUGUGGAGAUGGGGGAGAACUGGUCAUGUGUGAUAAAAAGGACUGUCCCAAAGCAUACCACCUCCUAUGCCUUAACCUGACUCAACCACCUUUUGGAAAGUGGGAAUGUCCGUGGCAUCAGUGCGACGUCUGUAGCAAUCCUGCAGUUUCGUUCUGUGAGUUUUGCCCUCAUUCGUUCUGUAAAGAUCACGAGAAGGGAGCCCUGGUGGCAUCAGCAUUGGAUGGCCGUCUCUGCUGCUCUGCACAUGACCCCACAUCUCCUGUGGCACCUGAGUACUGGAGCAAGAUAAAGUGCAAAUUGGAAUCACAGAAUCCUGUAGAAGAAGCAAAGGAGUGAAUUUGGUUAAAAACAAACAAGGCAGGGGAGAAUAGAGGCAAACAGGCGAUGAACUUGAAGAGACUGCUAUGACACAUUCAGUCUUUGUCAUCGGAGCCGUCGUGUGUGAACUGGGAACGGGACCAUUUAAUCUUAGCAAGCGGAAGCAGGCAGUGGUGUUUGUUUUUUAUUGUUUGGUCUUUCUUUUACCCUCGAAUGUGCUACAGCAGCUCUUACUGUUGGAAACCAGAAACGUCUUGGCCUUCAGAGAAAAACGUAGACCUUUUGACAGUGAAAAGAAUAUUCUGUUUAAAAUAUGUUCUUUGAGUGUAGAAAGCAAAGCAUAGCAACAUAUUUAUUUAUUUAAUUUUUAAAGGGUAUUGAAGAUCUGGUUUUGAUCGGUCAGCGUGUCUUUAAAAACAAAAUAGCAAAGCCAACAUAACUUUUAUGUCUAGUUUAUGAAAACUAGUAAAGCCUCCCCACUCUGUGUAACAUUGAGAUGCCAUAAGACAGAUGUGGGUUUCAGACCAGGUGACCCUGAAAUGCCUCCAUUCCCGUACUUACUUUUAAAGGCAUUUUGAGAAGGUAGGUUAUAUAUCAUGUUAACUUAUUAAUAUUAUUGUAAAGCUUUUCCUAUGAGAAAUCAGGUGUAUGACUUCUUGGAAGUGCUUGUAACACGAGAGCUAGCAUUGUUUAAGGAGGGAAGAAAUCAUGGUUCCUUGCUCGAGAGCUAUAAUCGGUGUUUGCAGACAGGUGGAAAUUCAGAAAGAGCUUAAUUGCACAAUGGUUAUUUCUUUAUCCCGCCUAAUUUGGAAAACCUUCCUAGUUAGGAGAGCCUCCCAGCCUCGGUCAUAUACUGCAGCACGCUCAGAACUGAAGUCUUAAUCCUACCAGUGGGAGCCUGCCAUUGACUUCUUUAGAUGGAGGAUUGUUCUGUGCGUAUUUGUCAUCUGCCAAGUCUACACUUAUUUUAUGGCAGUUAUAUUAGUGUGAUUCUUUAUUGCCACCUUCUCAGACUCCCAUUAGUUUCAAAGGAAAUUUGAGCGCUUAAGGAAUCUGACCCAUGUGUGUGUUUGUUUUGAUUGAAUGUUUAGGUUUUUUUGCUGAGAGAGAUCUUCUAACUUUAAUCUUCAUUGUUAAUGGGGCUAAGAAAAAUCUCAGCACUUCUUCAAUGAACAGGGUAUUUUCUGUCUGGGUAACGGGCCGUAUUCAACAGCAGCCAACUUUAGCUUCAUGAGACAGUUCUGUCUUGGAUUUUCUCUGUUAAUCAGUAGAGAGACAGGCUCCUUCGGUGAGGCUUUUGAAGUGGCUUAGGUAGGCUCCUGCUCCAGAUUUUCUUUUGAAAACCUAUCCUCCUCCAUUUCUUGUCCAAGGAGCCUAGGGGGACUAGUUUCCCCAGGCUGAAGUUAGUCUUUGGUGAACCUCCUCCCCUAGCCCACAAUCUUACAAAGCACUGUGCGUCUCCCCCUGCCCUGGUAUAGUUAGAGUGUAUUUUUGACUUGUAUACUGAUACUGGCUAACUUUGUGCUAGCUUUUUGCUAAUGGGUAUUGAAAAUAAUCCUGAAUGAAGAGAACUAAUAUCAAGUGUUGCUGGCAUCUGGCUAAAUUAAGCCUUUGAAUUAAGAAUUAAGAACCUUGUCUCUGGAAAACUGCUUACAUAAACCUACAGGAACAUGGUGACUUCUCAGUUCAAGAAAAUAGUAGGCUGAAAAAGUACAUGUGGGAUUUUAGAACGUGUCUUGCAUCUGGCUGGUGUCCUUCUCGUCCUCAAAUUUAUGUACUGGGGGGAAAUUUUUUCGUGUGCAAUUUUAAAAUUACAAAAUACACUACAAUCUCUUUAAGCUGCUACUGUGCCAUUUAACUGAUCUGGCAGUUCGUCUUCUGAACGUCUGCAGAUGCCUUUCCUACAAACUUGGGGGUGUCUUGGGUGGCAUAACUGCAGGUAUCUUGUGGGUCAGUUCAUGGUACAGAGGGCUAUUGGGAUCUAUAAAGCACUUCAUCUUGUGGUCCGUACUACAGUGAAUGUCUGAAACACUAAUCUUGCUUGAAAGCAGUGCUAUAUUUUAGUAUUUUUUACAAAAAAAAAUUUACAAAAAGGAUUUUAUUUUUCUUAACAUUUUGUGUGAUAAAUGUCUCUUUUUAAGCUCUUACUGGGGGUGUUUAACCCUUUUCAGAAAUUCCAAACAUAGCUCUUGCUACAGUGUCUGUAAGGCCCGAUGUGUUUACUUUAUAUUAUUUAUUAGGCUUGGUAAUGUUCAAAUGAUUUUCUCUUAGGAAGUCAGAGCAUUCUGAAUAUUGCAGAUACGCUAUUGUGUGAGUGCACCUACAUGCUUUUUUAUUCUGUGUCCGUGGUGACUUACUGACUGGAGGGAAAUGGUGCGGUAGCACCAGAAUGCCCUCAUGAGCGUUUGACGUGGCAGGGAGCAGAGAAGAGCCAUGGACCGUCAGUCGCCACGUGAGACAUACUGCUGUGACGUGCCGGUGCGCUGAGUAUCGCAGAACAUGUGAAGGUUCACAGAAGGCUUUUAAAAACUUGUAAAAUGCUGUGAAUUGAGGCCUGCUGCUACUCCUGUGCCAUGCCACUUGAUGUCUUGGUUAACUUUGUUUUCGAACUUCUUACAGGUGCUCCUUUUUUCCACCAAAAAAGAUUAAUAAUAGCCAGCAGCUGGGCUUGGACUUAAAAGGGAAAAUAGGAGAUUGGUUUAUAAGCUUGUACAACUUAUGAACAAAAAGUCUGAACUGGAUUUCACACUAUUGGAGAGAAGGUGAAUCUUUCAAAAAAACUUCUAACAUUCUGAGAUGAGAAAAUACCUAAUUCAAAGUAUCUUGGUAACUGUAGGGGUUUUGUUCUAUAUGCCAAACACAAAAUGUUAAAAUAGACAUUUUAACCACAUCUUUGCAAUCUGAAUAACAAUAAUGGAAUUCCCUUGUAAGGAAAAGAUUUAGCAGCUGUUUUGGUUAAUUGGCAUCAGCAGAGGGGGAGUCCGGUGCUGAAUUAAAUUUGUAUGGUCUCUAAAAUGAGAUAAGUAGCGUUGGAUAGUUUGGUCGUUUCAUGCUGAGGCCUGGAAGAAGUCCACAGAACUGCUGGUGAUUUCAGUUGAGAACUUAAAUCUGCUGUUUAAGACCGUCAGUUGUUCCUUAACUGGAACGCACUGUCACACUUUUCCCUUACUUUUGUUUUAAAUUUUUGAGAUAGCACCACGCUUCUGGCGAACACCUGACUUCAGCUCUGUCGCCUGUGCGCUCUCUAUAGGGCAGUGUCCGAGCUGCUCUGCAAAGUUAACGGGAUUUUGUUGUUUACUGGAGCUUUUACUCUACAGUUUGCACCUUAGCACAGCGCAGACGUUCUGCAGACCAUGGCCAAAUGGUGCAAUGGCUGGUUACUACCAUUUUCUAAAUACAUGGUGCAAGCAUUAGUUAUUGUAGCUUUCAGAUUAUUAGUAUAGACUUGUCCUAUCAAUAGACUGUUGAAGGCAUUUGCAGCUCAGGAAGGAUAACGUUAAAGGCAAUUUUGUGGGCAAAUUACCUUCUCUGGUCACCACCAUGGUCUUAGAGAAUCUGUUAGAAUGGAGUAAUAGGGCUGGAAUGUUUAAUUUUGGCCUUUCUGCUAAAAAACUUCUUGUAUCUUAAUUUCAGGAUAGAAUGGGAAAGACACAAUUACUAGACGUAAUUAACAAUGAGCAUAAAAUCUGUAUAUAUUGAAACUUUACAGAAAUAUGUGGGUGGGGUGGGGGAGGAGGGUGGGAGGGGGGAUGUCCAACGCUGGUACGAAGUAGUCACUUUAACAUUGAAACCUCUGCCUCAUUGAAUUCAGGGUUUAAUGUACUUGAAGCUCUGCGGUUCCUUAUACAGCUUUUUUAUUUAUACAUAACUUUUUUUGUAUACUACAUUGAAAAUGUCUUUGACUUCCCUGAAGUUACUUUCUGCUCCCGCUGUACAGUGAAUCUAUGGCAAAUGGGAGAGUUUUUCAAAGCAGCUGUCUCAGACUUGUGUGUGUUCAAGAAGUGUGUUGCAUGAGAGACGGCAACCUUGGAGUAAUGCUGUCCGUUCGCUUUCAGUUUUCCAUCAACUUUCCCUUACCAUUUAUCUUUGUGUAGCAAAAACAUUUGCACUUAUGAUACACUCCUACACUUUGGAUGUAUUCACAAUGUUGUUCUGAGGAAAAAAAAAAAAAAGGAAAAAAAAAGGCAAAAAAGAAAAAAAAAAAAAAAGCUGUUUCCUAUUAUAUUCUAUUCCUGAGUGCCAAGCUCAGGUCCUUAUUACCCCUGUGAGGGGCUAUCUCACUGCUCUGGAGAGAGGGGAGUUGUUAAGCUGAAACUCUAUCUGUGCUUUGCAUAGAAGACUUCUGUAAUUCAUGUGAAAUCAAAAAGGGAAAUCGCGUAUGAAUUUGCCAAAGCCAUUCACUCAUUCACUGUUUCUCGUGUGGUACUAACUGCCCGGGGGGGUUGUGCACGAGAGAGAAGCGAGCUGCCUUCCCUAGCGCUGUCUCUUCCAGCUCCAGAAGACAAGGUGGCUGUGCGCGGUCCCCCCCGUCAUCGUCCCCCAGAACGUCCUCGCGCAGCCGGGCACUGGACCCUCCUGAGCAGUUCUCACUCGCUUUUGGGUUAUAAAGAGACUGGAUGAAAAAAAAAAAAAAAAGUUUCCUAUUCACUGGUCGAGCUGUAUCUCAUUUCUGGCGUCACUUUUCCUUUUCAAACAAACCGAUCGCGUUGCCACAGAAAACAAGGUGAUAACUUACUGUUUCAGCUGGCUGGUAAUACGGGGUUUUGUUCCGCAUAGGGGUGUGCGCAUACCUGGGGUGGCUGUGAGAAACGACACCCGUUCGUUUCCACGCGAGUGAUGUUGCACAACACAGAUACCUGCAGAUUCCGUUUCCAUUCCCAUGUACUCUUUAUCUGUAAGGAUGACCUUUGUAGAGUCGUUAUUUCCGUAGACUUUGUUUAUCUGUAACAAACUUUGUAGAUUCUGUGAAAUGUUAUUUUAACAAAAUCACUCGAGUCUUUAAGAGCAAAGCAUCAAUAUUCACUGAAGUCGAUAUCUUAAGAGUUUUUGGAAGUUGACUAGAAGCUCUUGACACUAACGAAGUAGUGUUAAAUUUCCCUGGCGAUGUUCCACUGGGGCAUUACUGUAUUAUGACUUGAUGUUGCCGCAUAGACUUUGAGAUAUACGAUAUUUUGGGGGUUUUGUUGUUCGGCCUAUGUUCUCUUGCAUAGUGUGAAACCUGUAAAGCUUGGUUAACCUGUAUAUAGAUAGCUUACUGUCGACUAGUUAUAGCGUAUCUAGAAUUGCCUGUAAUAUUUUAGCUUCUUACUGAAUGUGUGUGAUGGUAGGAACCUAUAAUUUUUGUACAUUAUAUUUACUGAGAUGUUGCCUUUUUUAUUUUACAAAUACUUUGGAAUUCAGAUGUGUUUUUGCUUCCGUGAGGAUUAAUUUGGAAAGGUUUUUAAUGACAUUCCACUGAUCUGAACUUUUGCUUGAGGUUGACUUCAAUAAAUCGUUCUGAAUGUUCCAAA